AUGCUCUCAUGGGGAUGCUCGGCUAACACGACCGAUGAGUACUAUAGAUUGGGUGAAAGCACAGCGCUUGAAUCACUGCAUAAGUUUUGUUGUGCUGUUGAAGCCGUGUAUGGACAAUGGUACCUCAGGUCUCCAAAUCCAGUUGACAUUUACAAGCUAUUGCACAAGGCAAGUCGUUGA